UUGGAACCCCCUUCCUUAAGCCUCUCUUAAAACCCUAGUCCCCUCCUUAAGCCUCUUUCUUACUAAAGAAAACGCAGCAGAGCAGAGAGCAGUGUCCCUCUCUCUUUCUUCGUCCUCCUUCGCGCAUACUAUUGCAGUAGAGUUGUGACGCAAAGAUGCUUGUGUUAUUUGAGACGCCUGCUGGCUUUGCACUUUUUAAAGUAUUGGAUGAAGGGAAACUCUCCAAAGUUGAGGACUUGUCUAAAGAGUUUACUAGUGCGGACACAGCCAGAAAGGUAGUGAAAUUGAAAGCAUUUUCCAAGUUUGAGAACACAUCUGAGGCUUUGGAAGCAGCAACCAAAUUGCUCGAUAGCACAACCAGCAAAGGCUUACGUAAAUUCUUGAAGUCUCACUGUGACGGUGAAAUCUUGGCUGUAGCUGAUUCGAAGCUGGGAAAUGCAAUCAAAGAUAAAUUGAAAAUAGAAUGUGUUCACAACAAUGCGGUCAUGGAGUUAAUGAGAGGUCUGAGAGCUCAGCUGACUGAGCUCAUAACUGGCCUACACGCUCAAGAUUUAGCACCAAUGAGCUUAGGUUUGUCACAUAGCUUGUCAAGAUACAAACUAAAGUUCAGUCCAGAUAAGGUUGAUACAAUGAUCAUUCAGGCAAUUGGUUUGCUUGAUGAUCUUGAUAAGGAGCUCAACACGUAUGCAAUGAGGGUAAGAGAAUGGUAUGGCUGGCAUUUUCCAGAGCUUUCUAAGAUUGUGCAAGAUAACAUUCUUUACGCCAAAGCAGUAAAACUGAUGGGCAGUCGUGAUAAUGCUAUAAAGCUAGACUUUUCUGAGAUACUUCCAGAUGAGGUUGAGGCGGAAUUGAAGGAGGCUGCAAUGAUAUCCAUGGGAACUGAAGUUAGUGAUGUUGAUUUGUUGAACAUAAGAGAGCUAUGUGACCAAGUUCUGUCCCUUUCUGAGUACAGAGCUCAGCUGUAUGAUUAUUUGAAAAGCAGAAUGAAUACCAUCGCACCAAAUUUAACUGCUCUUGUAGGAGAGCUGGUUGGAGCUCGCCUUAUUGCUCAUGGUGGUAGCUUGUUAAAUCUUGCAAAGCAGCCUGGUAGCACAGUUCAGAUUCUUGGUGCCGAAAAAGCUCUCUUUAGAGCUCUUAAGACAAAGCAUGCGACUCCAAAAUAUGGCCUUCUUUUCCAUGCGUCCUUGGUCGGCCAAGCUUCCUCAAAGAUGAAGGGAAAAAUUUCUAGAUCUCUAGCUGCAAAAGCAGCAUUGGCAAUUCGAUAUGAUGCUCUUGGAGAUGGCCAAGAUAACUCUAUGGGAUUGGAGAACCGACUGAAGCUUGAAGCACGGUUAAGGAAUCUUGAAGGGAAAGAAUUGAGUCGUUCUGCUGGAUCUGCUAAAGGGAAACCUAAGAUAGAAGCAUAUGACAAAGAUCGAAAGAAGGGGGCUGGGGCACUGUUAACUGCUGCAAAGACAUACAAUCCUUCUGCGGAUUCUGUUCUUGGGCAAACAGUGAGCACUGGGAAUGAUGAAGAAAUGAUCCCUGAAAAGACUGAAGAACCUGUUGAAGAAACUCCAGAUACAGAUGAAAAGAAGAAAGAAAAGAAGAAAAAGAAGAAAGCUAGCGAGGAGACGGCUUUAACAGCAAAUGGGAAUGGCAGUGCUCAACCAGAUGCUGAGGAGUCUGUAAAGAAGGAAAAGAAGAAGAAGAAGAAAGACAAAGCUGUGAUUGCUGAGGCACAAAAUGAUGGAGAGAAUAUAGAAGCAGGAGAAAAGAAGAAAAAGAAGAGAAAGCACACCGAACAAGAUGAAGAGGAAACCGAAAUGCCAAGCAAGAAGGAGAAGAAGAAGAAGAGGAAAAGCGAGGAUUGAUGAGAUUCACAUGGUAUGAACAACAAUUUUGAAUUAUUUAGGUGGCAGUUUGGUAUAUCCCCUAUGUAAUAUUUUUUUUCUGCUCUCGUGUUCCUAAUUUAUCUUGGCAUUUGUUAGCUGCAUGUAUCAGAGGAAGACCGAUAAUUACCAUUGUAUUUGGAGCUAGCUAGGAACUUUUGAUGAUCAAAUUUUCUCAAUCUACCCUCUCUCCUGAGAAAAUGAAAUGCUUGGAUAAUUGAUGAUGAACUAAAUUAGUUUCAUCUCUGAUCUUAUUGAGGUUGCAAUUUUUAAUUGACAUGAGUUGCAUGUAUAAAAA